AUGGCUUCUUUUGAUCAAACAGCUAGUCCAAAAAGGUGUUCUCGUUGCGAUAAAUCUAAAUCUAUUGAAGAAUUUGUUCGGCAAAGUGGUAGUAGAAUGAAAGAGUGGUCUACAUGUAAUAUUUGCGCAGAAACAAGAAAGGAAAAAAACAAAGAAAUAGCAGAUUUGGGAAACAUAAGGGCAGCCAAUUAUGAUGAAGACAAUGUGGAAGAGAUGAUCGUUGAAAAUGAGGAUGAAACUCCAUAUGAUUUAGCUGAUUUGGAAAAAUUUUUUGAUGAACCUGAAAAUUUAAUAGAAAAUAUUAAUGAAGAAUUAUAUACCAAUAACCAAAAUGAAAUAAUUGAAUCCAGAAAAGCAGAACUUAAUGAGGAUAAAAAGAUGUUUGAAUCUUUAUUAACAAUCGUUUCAGAUAAUAUUCAAAAUGACUCUUUUUAUAGUACCUACCAAAAACUAAAACAAUCUUUAAUAGCCGAAACAAUUGCUUGUCAGGAAGCUUUACGGGCUAAACAUCAACAAAAAACUUGGCAUCCCCCUCGUAGAUCUAAGCUCGCUUUUUGGUUACAGUAG